GUGACCAACUGACAUUAAACCAAUUUCCACACCAAUUGUUUACAGUGAUUCUCAACUAUGUCAAAAGAAUUAAAUUUUGAUUGUUUGUUGAACAUUUUUCAAUAUACGAAUCGAUUUGAAGAUCUAGUCGUGUAUUCUAAAGUUUGCUCUAAAUGGAGAAUCGCAGCUUUUUAUCGAUUAUCUCAAAUAAAGUAUUUGUCCUUAGAACCCAUCGAACGCCCCAAUGAAGAUUGUUUGAUUUCUAAAUAUUUUCCACCUCCACAAUAUAUGGUUUACUCGAACCCAGCUAAUGAUAAUCCGACUCACCUUUUUCAUGAUGGACUAUUGAAUUAUCCAAGUCGUAGAUAUCUGAAGGAAUUGAGAAACCUCCGUAUUGUUGAUAUUGGUGCGAAAAAUUCGUUCUCUGGAAAUUUAUCUGAAUUUCUCAUGAAGAAUAGAGAAAUCAAAGGAUUAAUUGGAACUCCUGAUUAUAAUACAGGUAAAUUUCUCGACAAAAUCGAGAUAAUCGCCUGUUACACUUUAAAUUGGGUCAACAAACCGAUGAAUUUGAAACAACUUCACAUCGAAAUCGGAAUUAGUUCAGAUUUUUCCAUUUUCCAAGACUUAUUGAGGCUCCAUAGCAAUGAAUCAUUUUACAAUUGCCUUCGACCAUUGACCAAUUUGAAAAUACUCGAGAUAGGAACUUCCAUCCAAUGUGGUUACGCUAUAAUAGAUUCGUGCCCAAAUUUAGAAAGUGCUUACAUAUUUUUUCGUGCGAAAAUGAUCAAUGCAUUGAACAAGACAAACCUCAACCUGAGAAAUUUGGUUAUUCAAAAUACUGGGCUCGGUCAGGAAUGGAAUUCUCUACGAGCAAUAUUGAGUAGAUUUCCUAACUUAAGGAAUCUCGCUAUCAGAGGAAACGAUACCCUAAACGAUCACCAUGUAAGAAAAUUGUUGGAUAUGUUACCACAUGUAAAGCUAUUGGAUUUUCGUGGAUCGCGAAAAGUUACGAAAAAAUCGGCUUCAUAUCUGGUCGACUUUAAUAAACGAAACAAACGAUCCAUUAAAUUUUAUUAUAGUUCUAAGAAAGCUGAAUCAUUAACUUGGCCUAAAAUAAUUAAGAGUCAUGAGAAAAUUUGUUAUGGAUUCGAUUUCAUGGAAAAUUGUUUCUUCAGAACUUUUCAAAGUCUUCCGCUGAUUUUAGAGCCCAAGAUAAGUUCUCAUCAUCGUUAAGUUCGAACUUUGCUCAAACUUUGCAUACUCGAAUAAAAAACACGAAUUUCUCUUAGCAACAAACUUAAGCUCACGGAUUUACCUUCGAGAGUAAUUUAUCUCAGCAGUUGAGAACAAUAUGGUUAUAGUUUAUUUGCAAGCUACUUCAACAGAAUUUUUAAUCUAUUAAUAAUACUAAACUGUAUAUUCAAUUCAAAUAAAAUAUUCAUAUUCAUACUAACCCAACCAAAUAAUAUGAUCUAUUCCUAAUAAA